AUGAACGCUGCCGCCUUCCCCCUCGGCGACUACCUCGACGCCAUCUUCGGCACCAAGGACACCCGUCAGGCUCCUCCCCAAGCUCCUCCUGGCUUCCCUUCCAUGGGCAUGCCACCAAUGGGUUCCCCCACCCCAGGUUUCCCUCCCAUGGGUCCUCCCAUGGGAACUGGUGCACCAACACCUGGCUUCCCUCCAAUGGGUGCCCCAACCCCAGGCUUCCCCCCAAUGGGCCCUCCCUCCGGUCUCCCUCCCAUGGGCGCACCAACCCCCGGUUUCCCUCCCAUGGGCCCCCCCAUGGGCACCGGCGCCCCAACACCCCCCGGCUUCCCCAUGCCUAUGCCCACCGGCGGCUUCCCAGGCGGUCCCGGCGGUCCAGGCGGCUCCAGCAACAUGCCACCCUCAUGGCCCGUCCGCGCGCGCGCCGCCCGCAACCUAGCCAUCGACUACCAGCUCGCCCCGCGCCAAGGCGGCGACCUGCCCCUCCCUUCCUUCUCGCUCGCAGACCCUGAGAACGGCGGCGCACCUGCUCCUACUGAGUCCUCCUCUGGCGGAGGCGAAGAAGCUCCAGGUGGAUUCCCCGGCCUACCCACUCCCACUCCUGGUGCCCCCGAGGGCCCCGGCGGCGGUUUCCCAGCGCCCACAGGCGGAUUCCCGGGUUUGCCCACUGGUGCGCCUGAGGGACCUGGUGGACCUGGUGGACCGGGUGGUUUCCCGACUGACCUUCCUUCUUUCCCUAUGCCGACUGGCAUGCCUGGUGGUUCAGGUGGUUUCCCUGGUCUGCCUGGUACUGGCAUGCCUGGUCUGCCUACUACCAUGGAGACGAUGACGCGUGGACCUAAGCCAACCGGUAUGCCUGAGCUGCCUGGUCAGGAGGAUGGUCAGCAGGGUCCUGGUGGUGACAACGGUUCCGGUGGCUGGUGGAGCUGGCUCGGUGGAUUGUUUGGCGGUGGUAAGGGAGACGGCGAGGGUGCUGGAGCUGGUGAGGGUGAGGGUGCUGGAAGUGGAAUUGGUGCUUAG